AUGUCUUCUACGAGAGUGAGGAUGAUUAAGCUUGGAUCACAAGGUAUGGAGGUAUACGCUCUUGGUUUAGGAUGCGUGGGUUUGAGUGCUAGUGCCUAUGGGCCUCCCAAACCCGAGCAAGAUAUGAUUAAAAUCAUUCACCAUGCCGUUAACUCUGGUGUCACUCAUCUGGAUUCCUCAGACUACUAUGGCUCCAAUCACAAUGAAAUCCUCAUUGGCAAGGCCUUGAAAGGAUUGGAAAGAGGAAGUGGGCAAUUGGCAACCAAAUUUGGGAUCAAAUCCUUCGAAGGAGAUUGUGAUAUUCGUGGUGAUCCAGAGUUUGUUAGGGCUUCCUGUGAAGCUAGUUUGAAACGCCUUGAUGUUGAUUACAUUGAUUUAUACUAUGUUCACCGCAUAGACGCUCGAGUUCCAAUUGAGAUAACGAUGGGGGAGCUCAAGAAGCUGGUCGAGGAGGGUAAAAUCAGAUAUAUAGGUCUAUCUAAUGCCUCGCCAUCAAUGAUUAGAAGAGCACAUGCCAUUCAUCCAAUCACUGCUCUACAGAUAGAGUGGUCGUUAUGGACCAGAGACCAGGAAAAAGAGAUAAUUCCGACUUGCAGAGAACUAGGUAUUGGAAUUGUUCCAUAUUCGCCUCUCGGAAGUGGAUUUUUUACUUCUGGUGCCAAGUUUUUCGAGGGUCUGCCAGAUUCUGAUUUUCGGAAGCAAUGGGAUUCAAAAUUUCAAGGGGAAAAUCUCGCACACAACAAUAACUUGUUCAAGCGGAUUAGUGAUAUUGCUCAGAAGAAGGGCUGCUCCCCGUCUCAGUUGGCAUUGGCGUGGCUUCUGCACCAAGGACCCGAUGUGUGUCCCAUUCCAGGUACCUCAAAGCUGGAGCACUUGAACCAGAACAUUGGAGCUUUGUCAGUCAAACUCUCACCAGCGGACCAAAUUGAGCUCAAGUCUAUUGCCUCAACUAAUGCUUUCAAGGGCAAAAGAUUACCUCCCAAAAUCCUGGCUCUUUCAAAUGUGGCGACUCCACCUUUGUCAUCGUGGAAAUAACAUGCUCUUUUGCGUACACAUUAAAUUUAUAGGCAUACUCGGACUU